UGAAAACCAAGUCCAGAAAAAAGCACAAAUGGGCCUCGAUCCAAAUCACUGAAUAACCUAAUUUAAAACCCUAAACUCACCUUCUCCCACCUCAUCGCAUCCUAGUUGCAGUUCCCGCAGUCUUUGAAUCUAGGUGGAUCAAGAUGAGUCGUGUAGCAGGAGCAAAGGGCGGAAAGAAGAAGCAAUCGACCUUCGUGAUCGAUUGCGGAAAGCCUGUUGAAGACAAGAUCAUGGAGAUUGCAUCACUUGAGAAGUUUCUUCAGGAGAGAAUCAAGGUUGGUGGCAAAGCUGGUAAUCUCGGAGACUCUGUUACUAUUUCACGUGAAAAGAACAAGAUCUCUGUUACCGCCGAUAGCAAUUUCUCGAAAAGGUAUUUGAAGUAUUUAACGAAGAAGUAUUUGAAGAAGCACAAUGUGAGGGAUUGGCUUCGGGUGAUUGCGUCUAACAAGGAGCGUAAUGUGUACGAGUUGCGCUACUUCAACAUUGCUGAGAAUGAGGGUGAAGAGGAAGAUUGAAUCGGCAGUUGAGCUUGUUUUGUGUUUGUUUUUUGACUUGGAUUUUAUUUUUGGUUAUGUUAUAUUGGAAUUUUGGUUAGGGGUUUAUUAUGCAGAACUGUAUUGUAGUGGAGUUUUGAAGUUUGAGUGCCUUUGCACUGAUCUUGAUUUCACAAUUCACAUCCAUGGGAUAUGCAUCUUUUCACCAUUUUUUGCA